AUGCGGUGCGUUGCGUCAGCCCUGCGUGGAGCGGUGCGCCAAGCGGAGCGGGGGUGCUCAGAAAUCGGCUUUGAGGAGAUCUCUCUCUCGGAGCUGGAGAGGAGAGGUCGUUCCGUCUCUCUCCUCCAGCAGCCACCGGGCUUCUCCGCAGCCUCCCGCCGCCUCAUCAUGGAUCCGGGGACUAAAAGAGUCGCUGGGAUUAUCGCUCGGGUCGCCCUGCUUCUCUCCAGCUCCUUCGGGACAACCGGAGAAGUUUCCACGCCCGAAGCUUUGUGUCAGUGUGCGACUGUGAGGCAGGGCGGUGCUGUCACCCUUCCCCGCCUGGAAGAGAAGGAGGGCAGCAGGAAGGGAGGGAAAUCGAAGGAGAGUGAUGGAGAGAAACGGGACGAAGGCGGUGCUGUCACCCUUCCCCGCCUGGAAGAGAAGGAGGGCAGCAGGAAGGGAGGGAAAUCGAAGGAGAGUGAUGGAGAGAAACGGGACGAAGAGGCAGAGAAGGAGGAGGUGGAGAAGGAUGACAGGGAGGACAGCAAGUUUGAAGGAAAGGGAGCCCUCCGUUUCACAGAGCCCCAAGAGUACUGGGUUUCUGCAAGACUGCACUGUGUGAUUUUUUUUUUUUUUUCUGCUUUGUUGUGGUUGACAGAGGUGUGUGACAGCGCACUGGUGUCCAAUCUGCCACCAUCAUCCUUCAGGAGUUCCUCCCAGCUGUCCAGCAGCCACGCACCAGGCUUCGCCAAACUCAACAGGAGAGAGGGAGCUGGAGGUUGGUCCCCUCUCACAUCAGACAAGUAUCAAUGGUUGGAGGUCGACCUGGGUGAGCGCACCAAGAUCACCGCGCUCGCUACUCAGGGCCGCUACGGCAGCUCUGAUUGGCUGACCUCGUACCUGCUGAUGUUCAGUGACACGGGACACAACUGGAAGCAGUACAGACAGGAGGACAGUAUAGGGUCUUUUCCAGGGAACAGUAAUGCAGACAGCGUGGUUCAGUACAAACUGCAGCAGCCGGCGAUCGCUCGCUUCCUCCGCCUCAUUCCUCUGGACUGGAACCCCAGCGGGCGGAUCGGACUCCGGCUGGAGACUUACGGAUGUCCUUACACCUCCGAUGUGGUGAGCUUUGACGGCAGGGGCAGCAGUCUGGUGUACAGGUUUAGUCCCAGGCUGAGGCGGACAUCUAGAGAGGUCGUCUCCCUGAAGUUUAAAACCCUGAGGAAUUCUGGGACAUUGGCGCACGCGGAGGGAGAGGGAGGACUCAGCCUCACCCUGGACUUAGAGAGAGGAAAGCUACUGUUGCUGCUCAGACAAGGUGGGAGUUCAUCCUCUGAGCCCCGGCGACUGGCCUCCCUCGGCAGCCUGUUAGACGAUAGGCAUUGGCAUCACGUUGCCUUGGAGCGGGGAAGCGCUCACCUCAACCUCACUGUGGACAAACACACUGAGAGGGUUCAAAUUCCUGCGGAGUUCAGCCACUGGGACAUCAAACAGCUAAGUGUAGGGGCAGCCCAGAGCCUCGACGCGCAGAAACCAGUCGUCUCAAAGAGGAACUUCCAUGGCUGCCUGGAAAACCUGCUCUACAAUGGCCUCAACUUGAUAGAACGAGCUAAACACAACGACCACCAAGUUAUUCUAAUGGGCAAUGUGACCUUUUCUUGUGCUGAGCCAGUUUCCGUCGCCGUGACGUUCCCCGGCCCCCAGAGCUUCCUCCAGUUGCCGGGGGCAGCGACAUCCGCUUCAGGGGGCGUGUCCGUGAGGUUUCAGUUCAGGACGUGGAACAAGGCCGGCCUUCUGCUGACCUUUGACCUCCCUCAGCAAGGGGGAGUAGUCUGGCUGUACCUGAGUGAGGCCAGACUCCGGCUACAUAUCCAUAAGGCUGGCAGGGCAAUGCUGGAGCUUAUUACAGGUUCGGCUCUAAAUGACGGUCAGUGGCAUUCAGUGGAUUUAACCUCCGGGCGAGGACGUCUGACCAUCGCUCUAGAUAAAGAGGAAGGAGGUGUCGCCCAUGCCAGCCCCUCUUUUCCUGUCACCGUAGGAAAUCAACUCUUCUUCGGUGGUUGUCCUGCUGAAGACGACAGUAAGAAAUGUAGAAACCCCUUCGACAUUUUCCAGGGCUGCGUGCGUCUCAUCACUGUGGACGACCAGCCGGUGGACCUGAUCCUGGUGCAGCAAAGACUGCUGGGAAACUACAGCCACCUGCAGAUCGACAUGUGUGGCAUUAUUGACAGGUGUUCUCCCAGUCGUUGUGAACACGGCGGCCGCUGCAGUCAGACCUGGACCGUCUUCCACUGCAACUGCUCUGACAGCGGCUACAGCGGCGCGACCUGCCACAGCUCUGUGUACGAACAGUCCUGCGAGGCGUACAAACACAACGGCAACGCGUCGGGACAUUUCUACAUCGACGUGGACGGCAGCGGGCCAGUCAAACCACAACUGGUCUACUGCAACAUGACAGAGGAGAACACGUGGAUGGUGAUCCAGCACAACAACACAGAGCUGACCAGAGUCCGACCCUCUCCAGGUGUCAGCCAGCAAUUAGUUCACUUUGACUACUCGACUGAGGAGGAACAACUGUUGGCCAUUACCAGCCAAUCACAGCACUGCGAACAGGAGCUGUCCUACCACUGCAGGAAGUCCCGCCUCCUCAACACGCCAGAGGGAUCUCCGCUCAGCUGGUGGCUCGGCGGUCCCGGCCCCGGUCGUCUCCAGACCUACUGGGGCGGAGCUCAACCGGGCAGCCGGCAGUGUGCCUGCGGCCUGCAGGGCGACUGUGUGGACCCGCAACACUACUGCAACUGUGACGCCGACCGCAUGGAGUGGGCUGAAGACUCAGGCCUGCUCACCCAUAAGGAGAGCCUCCCAGUCAGGUCUCUGGUGCUGGGUGACAUCCGGAGGCCAGGGUCAGAGGCUGCCUACAGGGUGGGACCACUUCGUUGUCAUGGAGACAAGAACUUCUGGAACGCUGCCUUUUUCGACAAGGAGACGUCGUACCUCCACUUCCCCACCUUCCACGGAGAGCUGAGCGCGGACAUCUCCUUCCUGUUCAAAACCACGGCCUCCUCGGGUGUGUUCCUGGAGAACCUGGGCAUCAAAGACUUCAUCCGGAUCGAACUCAGCUCCUCCACUCAGGUGCUUUUCUCCUUCGAUGUGGGUAACGGCCCGCUGGAGGUGCGCGUGGGGUCGAGCGUCCCGCUGGACGACAACCGGUGGCAUCGGGUCCGAGCCGAGCGGAACGUCAAGGAGGCGUCGCUUCGACUGGACGAGCUUCCUGCCGCCACGCAGGAGGCUCCUGCUGAAGGACACGUCCACCUGCAGCUCAACAGCCAGCUGUUCAUAGGGGGCACAGCGUCCAGGCAGAAGGGCUUUCGGGGCUGUAUUCGCUCUCUGCAGCUGAACGGCGUCACCCUGGACCUGGAGGAGAGGGCGAAGAUCACGCCCGGGGUUCGACCCGGCUGCCCGGGUCACUGUAGCAGCUACGGCUCGCUCUGCCAGAACCAGGGUCGCUGUGUGGAGAGAGUCAACGGCUUCCACUGUGACUGUGGCCUGUCAGCCUACACCGGAGUCUUCUGCCAUACAGAGGUGUCGGCUAUUUUUAAGUCAGGGAUGUCCGUCAGCUACACCUUCAAAGAGCCAUACGAGUUAAUCAGGAACAGCAGCGCCCUGCCGUCCUCCAUCUAUUCUGACAUGACGCUAAGAGGAGAGAACGUCUCCCUGAGCUUCAGGACGAACCAGAGUCCGGCUCUGCUGCUCUACGUCAGCUCCUACUACAGAGAGUACCUGGCCCUGCUCAUCAACAAGCACGACGAGCUGGAGGUGCGGUACAAGCUGGACAGCAGCAGGGAAGCAGAAGUGUUGAGGAGCAGAAUUAGGAGCCUGGCCAACGGACAACUACACACUGUUACCGUCAGGAGACUGACGGACUCUGUGUCUGUGCAGGUUAAUCAGAAUGCCAGAGAGGACUUCAACCUGACAUCGGAUGGAGAAUUUAACGCCAUCAAGUCUCUGGUGUUGGGCAGCGUGCACGAUUCUGAUGAGUUGGAUCCAGACCUGGCCAGGUUGGCAUCUCUGGGUUUUACCGGCUGUCUGUCGGUGGUCCACUUCAACUCCAUCAGGCCUCUGAAAGCUGCUCUGCUCCACCCGGACACCAGCCCCGUCGUCGUCACCGGACCUUUAGUCCAGUCCAACUGUGGCUCCUCGGCUUCAGCCAAUCCCCACGCAGCGGAGAACACACACCACCUGUCAGACCAGUCUGGUUCUGUGGGCUCAGGUCAACCUUUAGUCAAUGCCAUCCGGACUGACUCGGCUCUGAUUGGAGGUGUGAUAGCGGUGGUGAUCUUUGUGAUUGUGGCUGGCCUGGCGAUAACGGCCAGAUUCCUCUACCGGAGAAAGGAGACGUAUCGGAAUCAGGAUGUGAAGGGAGUCAAGCGGGAGGAGAGCCCAGAUUUUCCUUUCAGCAACCAGACUGACUCCCAGAACGUCUCCUGUGAAAACCGAAAGGAGUACUUCAUUUAA